AUGAAUAGUGGUAGAAAAUCGAGCUUAGGAAGGAAUCAAAAGCCAAAGCCACAAAUUCCUGUGCUAGUUAAACGAAAUAAUGUAACAAUUGUGCCAACAGUCGUUGCAAAUCACGACAUGGUUGUACCAAGUAACGAUAGACCAACGUCUACUGCAUCAAACACCAGUGUCAAAGUUAAGCCCCACUUUAUGAAAGCUGUUUUACCAUCAAUUUCUGGAAACUUAAGUAAUAUGAAAUUACAACAGCAAAAUCAAAACCCGUUAGAGAAUAUUAGAAUUCAGAAUCUUCGAGAUUUCGAUCAGCAGAUGGAUGAUUUCAUGAAUUUGACAAUCUCAUCUCCUUUUUAUCAGGCAAUUGAAACAUUUUUCAAUCAAUAUUUUAGAGGAACAACGUGUUUAUGGGAUGAUAUUAACUCCCUCCAAACUAUGUACUCGAUGAGUCUUAAAAAGACAUGCAAACGCGAUAGAGGUAUUCCUGGAGCAACAUUUGUUGGUCGCCAAACAAUAAAAGUUGAUCGAGCAGGAAGCCAUCCAGCGUAUGAUUCUGCAAUCGAUGGGGCGCUCGGCUCUGAAGAAAAUUCUUUGAUUUCUUUUCCAAUUUGGUCUUAUCGUAACUCAAUCAUUGGAAUUGUAGAAGUUUCAAGACCACAAGAACCAUUUACAGAAGUCGAAGAAGCUUUUGUCAUGCAUUUUACCCAAAAAAUCAAAUUAUUAAGUAAAUGGAUCCUGCAACCUCAAGUUAAUGAUCAGCCAAUAUUCGAUAUCAUUCAAUUACUUAGUCUUGAGCAGUUUGCUGCUGUUUUCAAGUCAAAAAUUACUCAGCUUUUUAAUUGCAGAGUUUGUGAAGUUUGGAGCUAUCGCAAGGACACUCAAGAGAUUACAAUGAUGUCUGACUCCUUAGUCCACAUGCAACCGCCAAAAGGAGGUAUUGUUGCUGAUUCUUUGUUGAAUCAUAAAGUAAUUAACUGUCAACUUAACAAAUUGCAUAGCUGCUAUAACAUGGAAUUCGAUUUCAAAAACGAUGAAGCUGUUCUCGUCGUUCCUGUCAUACAAUCUCAAGUAAAUUAUGAUUAUGCAGUCUGUAUUCGUGGUCCAAAGGCAAAUUCCAUAUUCACUCGUUAUGAUGAAGACCUUUUGAAGAAGAUCGCACCUUAUAUUGCUCUUGCUUUCUCAAAUUCAACAUUACAUUCGGAAUUCUUCAACGAUUUCCAGAAUUCCAAGUUCGAACAAGAUGGAUUAGCUGCUCUUCUUGAAGUUGCUGAAGUUCUUUCUUCACAACUCGAUAUUGAUAAGCUUACAGAAACAAUUAUGGAAAAGGGCAGAACAUUAACGAAUGCCGACCGUUGCUCUUUGUUCUUAAUCAAUGAAACAGGUGAGAGAUUGAUUACCAGCUUCCAACAUGGUCUUGAUACUGCAAUUGAUCUUCCAAUCAGAAGAGGCGCUGUUGGAUUGGCCGUUAAAGAGCAGAAAGUUGUUAACAUCGCUGAUGCCUAUCAGGAUCCUAACUUUGAUCGCUCAACAGACAUAGAAAGCGGAUAUCAUACGAAUACACUUUUAUGCGUUCCCAUUUUCAACCAGAAAGGCGAAGUCAUUGGUGUUACAGAAAUGGUUAACAAACUUGACGGAAAGCCUUUCUCAGAAUGGGAUGCGAAAGUUAUUCAGAUCUUCAACGUUUUCUGCGGAAUUUCCAUCCAAAAUGCCAAACUUUACAAGGAAAGUGUGGAUAUGGAGACACAAUUGCAGUCAUUCUUCGAUGUUUCUGUGGCAGUUUCGAAAUCAGAGGACAUGAAAGAAGUUUUACAACAAAUCAUAGCCAGAUCGAGAGAUGCCGCUGAAGCAGAACGUGCUUCCAUCUUCUUAUUCGAUCCAGCGAACGAUUGUCUCAAAGUAUUUUUGGCAGAUGGCACAAACGUACCGGAAACAUUGCCAAUGAAUACAGGUAUCGCUGCCCAAUGUGUUAAGCUUCGCAGAGCUAUUGUUGCUAACGAUGUUUACCAUGAUCCGAGAUUUAAUAGAUCUGUUGAUACGGCAAGUGGCUUCAAGACGAACAAUUUGGUUGUCGUUCCUCUAUUAACACCUGGAGGAGAUAUCCUCGGUGUUGUUGAAAUGUGCAACAAGAAAGAUGGUGACUUCGAUGACCAUGAUGCGAAACUUGUUCAAUCAUUUGCUUCAUUUGUAGAGAUGACUCUCGAAAAAUUCGAACUCAAGAACAUCGCAAGCCUCGGAGAAACCGAAAUUGAGAUGUUGAAAUGGAUCGGAGAAAGCGAAAGAGAAUCCUGCACCGAAAUUCCAUUGAGAUUGCGACUGAAAGAAGAACAAAUACAAAACUUGAGACAACUGAAUUUCAUGGCUUUGGAUUGGGAACCGAUGGAUAGAAUCAAAUCCAUUAUUUACCAAUUUUAUUCGUUCGGAAUUCCACAAGAAUUCAGGAUAUCCAACCAAAUGCUGUUCAGAUUCAUUUGGGAAGUCAUGAGAACAUACCAUUCAACGCCAUACCACAACUGGAUUCAUGCUGUCGAUGUUGUUCAAUAUGUUUCUUACGAAAUGAGAUUGGGAGAACUUGAAAAUAUUUUCACGAAAUUUGAGAUUUUCGCAAUGUUAGUUGCAGCUGUUUGCCAUGAUGCAGGACACUCUGGAUUCAACAAUAUCUAUAAUGUUAAAGCAGAAACACCAUUAGGUAUAUUGUUCAAGGAACAAUCAGUUAUGGAAACUUACCAUUGUACAGUUGCAAUUUCCAUUUUGACAAGGAAAGAAUGUAAUUUAUUCCACUCAAUAACUGAAGAAGCACAGAAACAGAUGUGGACAUUGAUCAUCAAACUUAUAUUGGCAACAGAUAUGGCUUUCCACUUCAAGAUGGUCAAGGCAGCAACGGAAUUCAUGGAUGCUGGGCCUUUCAAUCCUAAUGAUCCUGAACAAAGAUUAAUCGCUUUCCAGUUGGUCCUCAAAACUGCUGAUAUUUCUAAUGUUUCGAGGCCAUUCAAAGUCGCUGAUAAAUGGUGCGAUGUUUUGUGUGAAGAGUUCUUCAGACAAGGUGAUAAAGAGAAGGCUCAAGCCUUUGGUUUGACAUCGCCUUUGAAUGAUAGAGAUAAUCCUGAUAAACCAAAGUCUCAGAUUGGUUUCUACAACUUCGUUUGUAUCCCUCUUUACAGUGUGAUUUCUAGGAUUUUCCCGAAGUUUGAGGUCAACUUGAACUCGGUGAAAUCUAACUUGGAAGUAUGGAAAUCACUUUCUCAGCCUCAGCAACAGGCUCAACAACAACCAGCUAAGAAAUAA